AUGGCUUCGUUGUCAGCCCUCACCAUUUACCUCUUUGGAGUAACGGCCUUUGGAGCCGGAGCACAUACUCUCUUGUUCUCGGGCCCAACAACACCCGAGAUGAAAGCUAAUUCGCUCGCUGCGAUUGCUAUGGGUAUCUACUACCCGCUGGCCGCCUACCAGGAGAACCGUGCCUUCUUCAUCGCCACCGUCCCGAUGCGCUCGCUGUCGGCCACGGUGUUCUGGCAGCAGGGUUGGGUGGAAGCGGCGGUCUGGGAGGGUGCGGGCGCGGCGUUGACAGGACUUGCACUCAUGUGGCAAGCAUGGCGCGAAAGCCUUGCCAAGGAAAAGAGCCACGCUUCUUGA